GCAGGCUCCGAGCGCAGUCUGCUGGAUACCAGAGAGUGGGAGAGAGCGAGAGAGGCGAGCCUUUGAAUCUCUGCGGUGCAGAGCUGGAAAAGCUGCUUCUCAGCGAAAUUCAGACGCCCUAUUUACUCCGCUUAUUCGUUCCUUUUCUGUAUUUUUUUUUUUCCUGGAGAAAAAAAGGGACUUACUACGAAGACGUUGCAACGAGGACUGGUUCCCGUCUCAGCGAUCAGACGUGGUAUUUCCUUCAUUAUUAAUAUUAUUAUUUAUGUUGUUGUUUUUGUGAAUGCGCUUCUACUGAAGGGACUGAGGUUUUACUUUUGCACUGAGACGCAUUGCUUUCUACCUCCUGCCUGGUCUCGCUGCCAGAUUAUCCCAGCAGAAGUAGGCUAUAUGACGCAAACCGUGCGCAGAGCAUUAGUCUGAAAGUUUUUCCUCCACUACUUUUUUCUUUUUUUCUUUUUUCCUCCACCAAUCACACGGUGUUUCAUGCUACAGCAAGUCAGUGUGCAGCGGUGGAGGAUCCCAAAGAACGAUUGCAUGAAACAAGAAAGGAGAGAAGAGACACUGAUUAAUAAGUCAGUUUUUGCGACGCUCGCAUAUCUGCAGAAAAGUCGCGACAACAACAUGAGUGCAGAGCUGAACAUGGGCCCGGAGCUACCCAGUAGCCCCCUGGCUCUGGAAUAUGUCAAUGACUUUGACUUGAUGAAGUUUGACGUGAAGAAGGAAGCCCUGGCCGGGCUGGAGCGCAACGCUGUGCGCCAAUGUAACCGUCUCCAACCCCAAGGCUCUGUGUCCUCCACCCCCAUCAGCACACCGUGCAGCUCGGUGCCCUCUUCACCCAGCUUCAGCCCCACGGAGCAGAAAAACCACCUGGAGGAGCUGUACUGGAUGCCGAACAGCGGGUACCACCAGCAGCUGGACCCGCAGACCCUGUCCCUGACCCCAGAGGACGCGGUGGAGGCCCUGAUUGGAGCCACAGCUCACGGCCACCCUCCGCCUCCGCACGUCCAGCAGCAACUGCAGCAGCAAGGCGCCUUUGAGGGCUACAGGGGCCCGCAUCACCACCACAGCCACCACGGCCACGGCCAGCAGCACCACCACCCAUACGCUGGGGGCAUCUCUCACCACGCCGAGGAGCUGUCCGGGCACCCGGGCGCGCACAACCACCCACACAGCCAGCACCACCAUCACCACAGCCAGGACCCCGACAGCCCGUCCCCGGUGUCCCCAGAGUCCCACCAGCCGCUCCAUCACCACCGCCACCAUCACCACCACCAUCCGCACGGCCACCUGAGUCAGUCCGGGGGGCACCACGGCUCCGGGGGCGGCCUGAACGUGGAGGACCGCUUCUCCGACGACCAGCUGGUGUCCAUGUCGGUGAGGGAGCUCAACAGACACCUACGGGGCUUCACCAAGGACGAGGUCAUCCGCCUCAAGCAGAAGAGGCGAACCCUGAAGAACCGGGGCUACGCGCAGUCGUGCAGGUUCAAGCGCGUGCAGCAGAAGCACGUGCUGGAGAAUGAGAAGACGCAGCUGAUGAACCAGGUGGAGCAGCUGAAGGCGGAGAUCAGCAGGCUGGCGCGGGAGAGGGACGCCUACAAACUCAAGUGCGAGAAACUGACGGGCUCAGGGGCCAAUAACGGGUUCCGCGAGGCCGGCUCGACCAGUGACAACCCUUCAUCACCAGAGUUUUUCAUGUGAGUCUUCAUCGCCUUUUUCUUGUGAACAAACUUUCCCCCAAAACUCUUUUCUUUCUCCACAACUGACUGAUGCGCAAAACUACACCUCCCACCCUGUUUAUGAUUCUACUAAUAACAGUAUCAAUUAUAUUCAUAUUAGAAGAAUAACCAUCAAAUAGUAUUCUCAUAUAUACUCAUCUCUCCAUCCACGUGUCAGCUGAGAUACAAAGAGCAACGUAGAGAGUCUGAUCAGCAGCAUCUUUGUAGAUUAGUUGCUUGUAGUGAAGAGACUUUUUCCUUCUUCAGAGAAGAGGAUCGGCUGAUGAACUUUUUUUUUUUUCUUUUCCUAUGAGGCUUUGAAAUAUCUGUAAGUAGUGUGGGGAUGUUGCGAGGCAUUUGUCUUGUAAUUUUUGUGUCUUCAAAAAUACAUGGCAUUGUUCUAAAACGAGUAGGCCUCGCAGCCUGCAACACAUUCAAACAAGUGGG